AUGGAUAAUUAUCAAAUUGGAUUGCUGAUUACUACGGCCGUCGCUGUCAUCUUUGACGAUGAAGAAGAGGAAAAUGAUGAUAAUGUGUCAAUAAUUAUUGCGAAAGAACGAGAGAAUCAUACAAAGAACGAAAAUUUCUUCGAAUUAAUCGUUCCUAUGUACUCUCUGUCUGAUUUCCAAUCACAUUUUCGAAUGUCCAGAACAACAUUUGAAGAACUAGGUUUAAUUUUGGGACCACGUUUAAAUACUGUGUAUUCAAAUAUCCCAGUGAUGAAAAAGUUAGCUGUAGAAAUUUGGACAUUUGCAAACCAAGAAGUGUAUAGAUCAAUAGCUGAUCGAUUUGGCAUUGCCAAAUCGACAGCUUGGGAAUGUAUGCUGGACGUAGCCAAUUGCCUAUGUGCGCGGGUUAAAGAUUUCAUACAGUGGCCAAGAGGGAUAGAAGUAUCGAAUAGUGAAAGAGAAUUUCGCAAAAUAGCUGGUCAUCCUGGCGUUAUUGGCGCAGUUGAUGGAUGCCAUAUACAGAUAAGUGCGCCACACGAAAAUCCUGAUAGCUAUAUCAAUAGGCAUAAGUAUCACUCAAUAAUUUUACAAGGACAUGUGACGCAAAAAUGCGAUUUAUCUAUGUUUUUGCUGGAUGUUGUGGUAGUACCCAUGAUGCUAGAGUGUGGUCUUUAUGCGAUUUGA